UUACACUUUUCGUCAAGAUUUCUAUCAUAAAGCUUGGCGCGGCGGCGCGACGCGCGCGGCAGCGACGAGGGCCGGCGAGCGCACCGCGCAGUUCUGGGUGGACGACGCGCAGCACGCGCUGCGCGCGCGGCUCGCGUCAGGCGCGGCGGGCACGGGCAAGGCGCGCAACGUGGUGCUGUUCCUGGGCGACGGCAUGUCCGUGCCCACGCUGGCCGCCGCGCGCACGCUGCUCGGCCAACGCAAUAAUCAGACGGGUGAAGAAGCGCAGUUGUCUUUUGAAGCUUUUCCUACUGCAGGCUUAGCUAAGACGUACUGCGUGGACGCGCAAAUCGCAGACUCAGCGUGCACGGCGACGGCGUACCUGUGCGGCGUGAAGGCAAACCGCGGUACUAUCGGCGUGUCGGCCGCUGUUCCUCGCUGGGACUGCCCCGCCUCGCUGCAGCCCGGCACGCGCCUCGACUCCAUCGCAGCUUGGGCGCUCGCCGACGGCCGCGACGCCGGUAUAGUGACGACGACACGGGUGACGCACGCGUCGCCAGCGGGCGUGUUCGCGCGGGUCGCCAACCGGCACUGGGAGAACGACGCCGAGGUGCUGUCCGGCGGCGCCGACCUGGCCGCCUGCCGCGACAUCGCGCACCAACUCGUGCACACCCACCCAGGGGACAAGUUCAAAGUGAUUCUCGGUGGGGGGCGAAGAGAAUUUUUACCGACCACUACGAUCGAUGAAGAAGGUUCACCAGGCCGCAGGACCGACGGGCGUAAUUUAAUUGAAGAAUGGCAAGACGACAAGCGCAGCCGCGGCGUGAGCUUCCAGUACGCGUGGAACCGGGAGCAGCUGCUCAGCGCGAACGCUUCGUUGCCGGAAUACAUGCUGGGGCUAUUCGAGAACAACCACUUGCAGUACAACCUUCGCGCGAAUCACGAAACGGAACCCACUUUGGCCGAAUUGACCGAGGUAGCCAUUCGCAUGCUUAAACGUAAUGAAAAGGGCUUUUUCCUUUUCGUAGAGGGUGGACGUAUAGAUCACGCUCAUCAUGAUAAUUACGUGGAGCUCGCCUUGGAUGAAACCAUCGAGCUGAGUGCGGCCGUGGCAAAAGCUGCCGAGUUGCUGUCGGAGGAAGACUCGCUGCUGGUGGUGACGGCCGACCACGCGCACGUGAUGGCGUUCAACGGCUACACGCAGCGCGGCGGCGACGUGCUGGGCCCCUCGGACGACCGGGACUCCAACCGCGUGCCCUACAUGACGCUCUCCUACACCAAUGGACCGGGCCACCGCCCCGAAGUGAAUGGACAGCGAGUCGACGUCACUCUCGAAGAAAAUUACCGUGACAUCCGCUGGCGGUCGCACGUGGACGUGCCGCUGAGCUCGGAGACGCACGGCGGGGACGACGUGGCGGUGUUCGCGCGCGGGCCGCACCACGCGCUGCUGUCGGGCCUGUACGAGCAGAGCCACCUGCCGCACCGCAUGGCGUACGCCGCCUGCAUCGGGCCCGGCCUGCACGCCUGCACCAGCGCAGCGCCUCUACUUGCGCCUAUGCUCUCUCUGUUGUCGCUUCUCGUUUUAGCUAUAUGUAUAUUUUAGAUAGAUAAUGUCUGUAUGUAUGUUCAUAUUUAUUUUGGUAUGUAUGAAUUGGAUGGAUGAACUUUAACUAAUUUAUUAUCAUAACAUUAAAAGCAAUCAUGUGGAGAAUCUUUUUUACGCCGUGAGGAAUUUGUUAAAUAGAUUAGAAUUAUUUAAAUAUAGAUAGAUUAAUAGUUAAGAUGUUUUGAUAUGAAGCAAUAAAUAAGUAUUUUAUGUA